AUGCCGCACUGCUGGUGUUGGUCGGACGGUCAGGCACCAAAGGGUAGAUAUUGGUGGGCCACACCCGCUAUAGCCUUGAGGAACCUGACGAAAUGGUACUGGGGAGAGAUCGUUACAGAGGCUCCGUACGGCACUGCUCCAGUCUCAAUUAUGCCAAAGACGAUUAAAUGUUUGAAUAAUGUAGGAGUACUGCUUUGA